AGAGACAGAGAAGAAGAAGAAGAAGAAGAGGAAGAGGAGGAGGAGGAGGAGGAGGAAGAAGGAAGAAAACAGUGGCUGCCUCCGGAGGAAAGAAGAGUGCAGGCGCCUCGUCGACCAGAAGCAGCGGUGCAAUGGCUCAGUCGGCUGCUAACGGCGUGGACCAGGACCUGGCCAGCAAGAGGCUGCACUCACGGAUGGAGGCCUCCUGCUUGGAGUUGGCCUUGGAAGGAGAGCGGCUGUGCAAGGCUGGAGACUUUAAAGGGGGCACAGCGUUUUUUGAGGCGGCCGUGCAGGUCGGCACAGAAGACCUGAAGACCCUCAGUGCCAUCUACAGCCAGCUGGGCAAUGCUUACUUCUACCUCAAAGAGUAUGGCAAAGCCCUGGAAUACCACAGACACGACCUUACCUUGGCCAGAACGAUAGGAGACCGGAUUGGAGAAGGAAAAGCCAGUGGGAACCUUGGUAACACAUUAAAAGUGUUGGGUCGCUUCGACGAGGCUGUUGUGUGCUGUCAGAGACAUUUGGAUAUUUCUCAAGAGCAGGGGGACAAGGUGGGAGAGGCCCGAGCACUGUACAACAUAGGGAAUGUGUUUCACGCGAAGGGAAAACAGCAGUUAUGGGGCUGCACCCAGGAACCAGGGGACUUGCCGGCCGACGUCAGAGACACGCUGCAAAGGGCCACUGGCUUUUAUGAGAUGAAUUUGUGUUUGGUCAAAGAACUCGGAGACCGAGCUGCUCAGGGGAGAGCCUACGGGAACCUGGGCAACACCCACUAUCUGCUGGGAAACUUUGUCGAAGCAAUCAAGUUUCACCGGCAGCGAUUGUCCAUCGCCAAAGAGUUCGGGGACAAGGCAGCGGAGCGGCGGGCGUACAGCAACCUGGGCAAUGCCCAUAUAUUCCUUGGUCAGUUCAACACAGCCACAGAGUACUACAGGAAAACUCUGCAACUGUCCAGGCAGCUGCGGGACCAGGUGAUGGAGGCCCAGGCCUGUUACAGCCUGGGAAACACCUGCACUCUUUUGCAACAGUAUGAGUGGGCCGUAGACUACCACCUGAAACACCUGUACAUUGCCCAGGAGCUUAUUGAUAGGGUUGGUGAGGGCCGUGCUUGCUGGAGUCUGGGAAAUGCCUACGUGUCUUUAGGGAACAACAAACAAGCUCUCCACUAUGCCCGGAAGCACCUGGACAUCUCUAAAGAGAUCAGAGACAGAAAUGGGGAACUGACGGCCAGGAUGAACGUGGAGCAGCUGAUGGAGGCUCUGGGGGUCAACGAGAGCGACCUCUCGCCCUCCAGUUCAGAGUUUGAGAUGCAAGGAGCCCGACCCAAAUUCACCGAGAGAAACAGCAUGGACAGUGUCGAGCUGUGGAAGUACUCUUCAUAUAAGAAUGGUGAGAACCAGGACUUGGAAAGUAUUCCCAGGGGAGCCAAGAGUCAGCUGUCGCAGCCCGGCAAAAGGAAAGGCUAUCCCGACAGUCAGUCGUCAGACGAACGGCCUUGGUUGGACUCGCCAUUAGACACCGACGACAUCACCGUGCAAGUCCCGCCUCCAGGGGCAAAGCUGGGCCGUGACCCCUCCGAUGAAGACUGCUUCUUCGACCUCCUCAGCAAGUUCCAGAGCAGCCGCAUGGACGACCAGCGCUGCCAUCUUGAUGAUGCGCAGAACGGGGACGACGGAGAGGGUGCUGCAAACGCCCUGCCACCUUUGAAUGAGAUGAUAGAUUCUACAAUUACCACUUCCCCCCAGACCGAGGAGCUGUUUGAUUUGAUCGCCAGCUCCCAGAGCCGCCGUCUCGACGACCAGCGGGUUAAUGUCGGUAACCUUCCUGGCCUGAGGAUUACCCAUAACAACCUGGGGCACCUGGUGGGCGAGGGAGACCACCAAGAACCCAGUGAUGACUUCUUCAACAUGCUUAUCAAGUGCCAGUCCUCCAGGAUCGACGACCAGCGGUGCUCCCCGCCAGAAGUGGGCCCCCACGCCCCCACGGUGCCCGAUGAGGACUUCUUCAGUCUAAUCCAGAGGGUGCAGGCUAAGCGCAUGGACGAGCAGCGCGUCCGGCUGCCUGCAGAGGACGAGGACGGUGCAGAGUCCCCCGACCCGGAGCCGCCGGGCGGGUUCCCCAGCUAGGACUCGGUGAAUAACACUGCACAAGUUCACGUCAGAGAAAGUAAACGCAGAGGAAACGAAAGAAGGACGCGCCGACAGAUUUUUAAAAAAAGGCACCUGAGGCCGAACCGACACGUUUUUUUAAUGCAAGACGAAUUCCAUGUGCAAUAGGUGGUGGUGCCCUAUCAAGUGUUACGCGGUGUGUUAUGUUCUAUAUAUGUGUAAAUAUAACCAGAAACAAGCAGAUUUCAAGUUUGGUGGUUAAGAGAAGGUGGAAAAAAAGAUAAGCAGUAAGUUUGAAAUGAUUUACUCAAUACGAUGCCUUAAUCAGCAUUUUUUCUGACUCAAGAUUGUAUUCACUGGUGUCGGCUGUGGUUCGUAGCAGCGCACGAUGGGCAUACAGGACAACACAAGUGAUUUGUGUCGCGUGAGUCGAGGCAAUCGCAAAAAUGCAAUGACAGAAGCAGUUAGAAAAAAAAUAUAAGAGAAAUUUGCACUGAAAUGUAAUCAGUUGCAACAAAAUGUGUCAGUCCAGUCGCAAUCCGAUCAAUGCUGCUUUUAUCAUUUCGAUUUUUGUGUUUCCCACUGCUCACAGAGAACUGGUGUUAUUCAUGCAGCAACAGUAUUCAGGCCGUGACCCUCCGGUGUUUAACAAACUGCUCUGGUCAGUACGAACAGGAUCGAUCGUUACAAAAGUGACAAAAGUACGAUUCACUCUAAUUGACGCGCUGACAAAAGUACGAUUUUCACACACCUUUUAUUCAUGUGAGUUUUUAUGCAUUUUUUAAAAACGCAUUCGUCCUCCUCAACACAGUAUACGUUAACCGAGGGUUACUGAGCAGAUGAUAGGAACUGGCUGCUUUGUUCUGUAGAUUAUAAGAGUUGUGCGAUAAUUCAAGGUCCAGUUUAAUUUCUACUUGGCUUUUUAAAAUGAUGCUGUGUGCGCGCUGCCAAUACCGUUCUGAACGUCCGAUAACAUCCGACUACUUCUCACUGCCAUUAAUAUUAACUAACUAAAAAUAAGUUAAGUAGUAAAUACAAGUAGUAAUAGAACCGGAUGCGUAGCGUGUGUGCUAAAUAUUUUGAAGAAUCGUCAUACCAUGAACAAUGUUGAGUUUCUAGCUAGUGGUGCCGGUGCCUCCCUGUGGUCAAAAUGUUGUAUUACUUCCGUGAAAUCGGUUGGGGGAUGAAUAUGUGUUAUGACACUCUGCUCCAAAUAUGAUAACUGUGAGAAUUUUCCUCUGGUUUCAGCCACAAGGCUUUGCUAACUUGUCCCAUAAAUGUGGAGAUUUCUUUGCAACAGCACAUUUGAAACGAGGUUGGGCCCAUUGUACAUUCCUAUCCAUUUGUUGUGAUGAAAACAAGGGGACUAAGAAAUUGUAGAAAGGAAAUUUGAAUUUUAAUGGAAGGGGCAAAAAAAAGGGAGAAAUUGAUUUUACCUGUGCGGUUCGCUUUUUAUCCAGAAUUAGUGCUUACCUCAUUUUUGUACCUCAAACCCUGUACCUUAUUGGAGAUGCUGAACCAGGACGGCUCGUGUUCCAACUGUGGUGGUUACGUUUGAUUCGGCUGUCUUUGAUAAACAACAUAUUGGGAAUGACAUUUAAUAUUUCCGUCUUCUGUUUUUAUUUUUUGUCAAUUAACAUUUUUAGAAAGUACCCGGUACGCUUCUGUUCGUCUCUUGCCAUAAUUUGUACAUAUAAAUAUAUUUUGUAUUUAUGUUCCAAUUCGGGGACAUGAAUAUGUCCCUUCAUGCUUUUAAUAAAAAUGUUUCAGAUGUUU